UCCGCUCGCGCUCAGCCGUUCUCAACUUUCUCCAAAACACUUUCGGCUGCCACGAAGCAAACAACCCGUGUUCAGUCCGGACGCUUUUUUCUCUCCCGGCGUCUCACCUCUUAACUUGUCACCAUGAGUACCAUGGCCUCAGAGAACGUGUUUUUGUCCGCCUUACAGCCCAACACCUCGGUCACCACCUACGGGCUCCCGUCUGAAAUCCAGCUGGGGAACGGGGGCUCCAUGUCGGACGAGAUGUCCAGAGCGCGGCGCGUCCAGCAGCAGGUCCAGAUGAGACUGGCCGAGAAGCCCACACUUCCGCGGCAGAAUGGAUCAGCCUCACACUACGCCAUGUCAGACUACGGCGGUUCUUCAGCAGUGAAAUAUCAAACCUAUAACCCAAGUUUCAGCUCCAAGUCGUCCUACAUGUACUCAGGCUCUAGAACAAUGGGUCCUCAAGUAGCCCAGAGGUCGGGCUUCAGCUGCCAGUCUGCUGCCCCAGACCUGGCCCAGUUCCACAGGAUCAGUGUUGGAGGCGGUGGAACUGGUGGCGGUGUUUACCGAGAAGACAUGCGCAUGUCCAACUACCAAGCCGGCAGGCAACAGAGCCGAAUGGACCCAGAGACCCUCUCCAUGCAUUCAAUGCGGAUGCAGACAGUGCCUGUAAAUCCAUGGAUGGUUGACGGCAGCGAUGCUGGCAGCAUGGUAUCCGACCGGGACGCCACCUACAACCGCCAGGGCACACUCAAUGGCUACACCAGCCAGAUGAGGCAAGCAGGAGGCAACAUGACCUGUACGCAUCCCAUGCAUCCCAUGCGCCGAUCUCUUAGUGGCACUCUUUCCCGCAGUGGAGGGAUGACAGGAGGAGAGGUGGAGGUCGUCCAGCAACAUUCCUUCAAAGGCCCAGCCCACCGCACCAUCAGCAGGAUUACAAACCGAAACAACCGCAUGAGUAUGGGCUCCGUGUCUGGGGGCUCCUACGUUAGAGGAGGAGACACAUUGGAUAGGGGGUUCAUAGCAUCCGGAGUUUCCUCUGCUUCCCAGGGGAACAUAAUUAUGCAGCGUCCGGGCACCCUGUCCCGUGCCAUGUCAAUCAAAAGCAUGCAUAGUGUCGGCAAGGGCAUGGACAUCUACGGCGGGCAGAACGAGAUUGGAAUCAGCAUGGGCAACCUCAGCGGGAUCCACUCCUUGGACAUGUCCACAGCAGUGCAACACCUGAGGGAGUCCGACCAUGAUUUGCAGGUCCUGGGUGCCGCCUACAUUCAACAUGAGUGUUACAAUGACAGCGACGCCAAAAAUGAGGUGCGUCGCUUCAAGGGCAUUGGGGAGCUGGUGAAGCUGUUCAACAGUGACAACCAGGAAGUGCAGCGUUAUGCCACUGGCGCCACACGCAAUCUCAUCUAUGAGAAUAUGGACAACAAAGUGGCCCUGAUCGAGGAGGGCGGCAUCCCACAGCUGGUCGAGGCGCUCAAGGAGACAGACGAUGAGCUCCACAAAAAUAUCACAGGUAUCCUGUGGAACCUUUCAUCCAAAGACAAUCUGAAGGAGAAACUGGCCAGGGAGACGCUGCCUGAGCUGACUGAGAAGAUCCUCAUCCCUCUGUCUGGAGGCGGAGACUCUAUGGACGUCAAUCUCUCCCCCUCUGAGGCCGACAUCUUCUACAACACCACAGGAUGCCUCAGAAAUCUGAGCUCUGUGAACGAAAAGACCCGUCAGCAGAUGAGAGAGACACACGGACUGGUGGACUCUUUGGUGGGCUACGUCAAGGCCUCCCUGGAUGACAACAAGUCAGAAGACAAGGGGGUGGAGAAUGCAGUGUGUGUCUUGAGGAACCUCUCCUACCAGCUGUACAGUGAGAUGCCUCCUUCUGCUAUGCUGCGCCUUGAAGGACCAACCAGAGCUCAGGACACAGGGAAGGGUGACGCCAUUGGCUGCUUUACACCUCAGAGCAGGAAAGCCAAAAAUAGCAAGAACCAGGAUCUGUCCACUUUCACCGAGGUUGCUCGGGUGCCAAAGGGUGUGGAGUGGCUGUGGCACCCUCAGAUAGUUGGGGUGUACAACCGCGUGCUGCAUCAGUGUGAGAUCAACUCCACCACCCGCGAGGCAGCUGCUGGAGCUCUGCAGAACAUCACAGCUGGAGACAAGAGGUGGGCGUCGGUGCUGAGCCGAGUGGCUCUGGAGCAGGAGCGCAUGCUGCCCGUGCUGCUGGACCUCCUACGUACCAACAAUGACCUGGAGCUGCGUUCCCUCACCGGCUUCCUCCGAAAUCUGUCCCGCCAUGCCAGGGAUAAGGGCGACAUGGCAACAAAGGUGGUGAACAACCUGGUGACCAAGCUGCCUGCUGACGGACACCAGAAGGAGCCCUCCAGCGAGGUGGUGGUCAACAUCUGUGGUGUUCUCAACAACCUGGUGACCGGCAGCUCUUUAGCUGCCAGAGACAUCGCCUUCUUUGACGGCCUGGCGAAACUGGUCGCCAUCAAGAACACACGUGACAGCAGUUCUGGGAAAAUGAAAGCGUCCAAAGCAGCAGCCACAGUUCUCAGCAACAUGUUCCAGUACAAGAAACUGCACAAACAGUACAAAGACAAAGGGUUUACAAGACCGGAUUUUGCAGAUUUGACUCUCUAAAACAAAAGUAAUGUUGUAAAAGUUCACUUUAUAAAACGGCCCUCAGUCCUGCAUCCUAUGGAAGAAAUCUUUCCAGGUAUGCAGGAGUAAAUAAACUCUUUCUACUAUUCAAAGAUAACAUAGGCUCAGUCUUUAUCUGCCAUACUUUGUGAUAAGAACAUGAACACAUAAGUGACGGAGGAUCUUCCUGAUGGGGAAAAAAAAGAAAGGACAUCCUGCAUAUUUUAAAACUCAAUGGACAUCAGUACAGUGCAAGAAACGUGGAUCCAGUAUGAUGGACUAUUGAUGGACUCUGAUACAUAUGUGUGUACCUUAAACCAUUUACUGUCUUUGUUUGAACUGUCUGUGUGUUUAAUGUGGAAUCAGGGAUUUCUUUUCUGUCAGAGCAACAUGUUUCCAGAUGAAACCGCAGCUGUUUGUGGUCCGUGGCCGUUUUUAAAAACAGUGUCAAACUGUUCAUUGACAAUAUAGUGAACACUUGUGCCUUAUCCUCUCGCUGUUGCACUUAAUUAACAGCAUGAAUGCAACAUGGCUGGUACUAACAUGGCAUCUUUUUUGUAAAUAAUGCUUUCUCUCUUACACAGAAAUCAGAUGAAAUAUUUUGUAUACUGUAGCUAUGUACUUUGUUUUUGUAGUUUUUGGAUAGAUAAAUAUGUCUUCAUAUGUAACAUAGUUAUAACUGAAUGUAAACCAGAGGAUAUUUAGAAAUACAGAAAUUUUGAUGUUAAUGCAUUUGAUUUAGAAAUCUGGGGAUAAUGAUUGUACCUUCAAAGUUGACUUUUGUAUUUACCUAUGUGCUUUUUAAAGUUGCGAAAUCUGUGUUAUACAAAAUGCUGAUAUGUCUUUUUAAUCACUUUGUCAAACAGAACUCAAAGUUUUUUUUUCUUUAACAUGUCAUUGUAUCUGCCGUCUAAUGUUAUAAAUACUGUGUGUGAAACAGGGGUGAAAGGAUACGGUCCUAACUUAACUAACAAAUACAAUAUUUGUUUAGUGUUUGAGACCAAUUGCAAUAUUCACACACUGUUUAAACUAUUUGACAUUGGACUGUUGAAUACUUUUAAAACUCUUUGUGCAACCUGUUUUCGUAUUUAAGCAAAAUAUUCAAUUAAAAAAAAAAAAAACCCAAUUAAAAAUGACUACUCUGUGGAAUAAAUGGUAAUUGUGUG